CUCUCUGAUUGGCUCUAGUGUCUCUACCGUCAUCUCUGUCUCAGCCAAUCGAAGCUUGCGCGGCUCGGCCGCGGCGUUGGCCGUCACUGUUUGUCGGCUGCGAGGAGGAGGCGCGGUGCUGUGAGGCCGCUCCGCGGUGACCGCGGCCGGGCAGUCUGUGUAUUUUGAAAUUUGUAACCGCAAGUGGAAGCAUGAGUGAAUUUCGUAUUCAUCAUGAUGUCAAUGAGCUGCUGAGCCUGUUGCGUGUUCAUGGAGGAGAAGGAGCUGAAGUAUACAUAGACCUUCUGCAAAAGAACAGAACUCCUUAUGUUACCACAACUGUCUCUGCACACAGUGCCAAGGUUAAGAUAGCAGAAUUUUCUCGAACUCCUGAAGACUUUUUAAAGAAAUAUGAUGAGCUGAAAUCCAAAAAUACAAGAAAUCUAGAUUCUUUGGUGUAUCUCCUAUCAAAACUCACAGAAGACAAAGAGACACUCCAGUAUUUGCAGCAGAAUGCUAAGGAGCGGGCAGAUCUUGCAGCAAAUGCUGCUGCUGGUAGCAGCAGCAGCUUUAUCAUUCCAGCAACCACUUCCAAGAUCUCUAUGCAGGAGCUUGAAGAGUUACGCAGACAGCUUGGCAGUAUGGCCACCAACUCUAGUGUACAGCAGCCUCUCGAGCUUACACGAAAGAUUCUCCGAGACAAGCAAAACAAGAAGAAUUCUGGACAGCCUAUUCCAGUAUUUCCAGCCUGGGUAUAUGAGCGACCUGCACUCAUUGGGGAUUUCUUAAUUGGCUCAAGUUUAGGCACUGACACAACAUUGCCUAUAGGCACUUUACCAUUAGCUUCUCAAGAGUCCAUGAUUGUGGAGGACUUGCUCUAUGUUUUGAUUGGUGUGGAUGGAAGACAUAUCACAGCACAGCCUCUUAUAGGCAGACAGAAUCGAGCUUUCUUAGUGGACCCCAAUUUGGACAUGUCAAUAAAAGAACUGGUGACCAGGAUUCUUCCUGUAGCUGCAAGUUACUCCACUGUGACCAGGUUUAUUGAGGAGAAAUCUUCCUUUGAAUAUGGACAAGUAAAUCAUGCCUUGGCAGCAGCAAUGAGAACCCUCAUCAAGGAGUACAUGAUCCUUAUCACCCAGCUGGAACAUCUCCAAAGACAAGGCCUUCUGUCACUACAGAAAUUGUGGUUUUAUAUCCAGCCUACAAUGAGGACAAUGGAGAUUCUUGCAUCACUUGCCACUUCUGUGGAUAAGGGUGAGUGUGUGGGAGGAUCCACCCUGAGUUUGCUCCAUGAUAGGACUUUCAAUUACACAGGAGACAGCCAAGCACAGGAGCUAUGUCUGUAUUUAACCAAGGCAGCCAGCGUGCCUUAUUUUGAAAUUUUGGAGAAGUGGAUCUAUAGAGGAAUCAUCAAUGAUCCAUACAGUGAGUUCAUGGUGGAAGAACAUGAGCUGCAGAAGGAGAAGAUCCAAGAGGAUUAUAAUGACAAGUAUUGGGAUCAGAGAUAUACCGUUGUUCAGCAACAGAUUCCAUCAUUCCUACAGAAAAUGGCUGACAAAAUCCUUAGUACAGGAAAAUAUUUAAAUGUUGUUCGAGAAUGUGGUCGUGAUGUUACCUGCCCUGUGGCUAAAGAGGUCAUCUAUACCUUGAAAGAGCGAGCAUAUGUGGAACAAAUAGAAAAAGCUUAUAAUUAUGCAAGCAAAGUUCUUCUGGAUUUCCUAAUGGAGGAGAAGGAGCUUGUGGCUCACUUGAGGUCUAUAAAGCACUACUUCCUAAUGGACCAGGGAGAUUUCUUUGUGCAUUUCAUGGAUCUCACUGAAGAAGAACUUAAAAAGCCUGUAGAUGAUAUUAUACCUACUAGAUUAGAAGCUUUGCUUGAAUUAGCACUGAGAAUGAGCACUGCCAACACAGACCCUUUUAAAGAUGAUUUAAAGAUUGACCUUAUGCCCCAUGACCUCAUUACACAGCUCUUGCGAGUUCUGGCUAUUGAAACUAAACAAGAAAAGUCUAUUAUCAAUGCAGAUCCCACAGAGCUCACUCUUAGUGGUCUGGAAGCUUUCUCUUUUGAUUAUAUUGUCAAAUGGCCUCUAUCCCUCAUUAUAAACAGAAAAGCUUUAACACGGUACCAGAUGCUUUUCAGACAUAUGUUUUAUUGUAAACACGUGGAAAGACAACUGUGCAAUGUUUGGAUCAGCAAUAAGACUGCUAAACAAUACUCAUUGCAUUCAGCUAAAUGGUUUGCUGGUGCUUUCACACUGCGACAACGGAUGUUGAAUUUUGUACAGAAUAUCCAAUAUUACAUGAUGUUUGAAGUGAUGGAGCCGACGUGGCAUAUCCUUGAGAAAAACCUGAAGUCGGCAUCCAAUAUUGAUGAUGUCUUGAGCCAUCACACAAGCUUCCUGGAUAACUGCCUAAAGGACUGCAUGCUAACAAAUCCUGAGCUGCUGAAGAUCUUCUCCAAGCUGAUGUCCGUCUGUGUCAUGUUCACAAACUGUAUGCAAAGGUUCACCCAGAGCAUGAAACUGGAUAAUGAGAUGGAGCGGCUCACCUUGGAGCACGGCACAAUGCUGGGCCCACCAACAGACCAGGAGCGUGCCGAGGAGUCUGCAAAGAAGAGGCUGACUAAUAAACUCUUAGCAGAACAUGCGGAUACGCUCCAUUUGACAUCUGGCUUCGAGGCAACUAUCAGCAAAUUUGACAGCAAUUUCUCAACACAUCUCUUAGACCUUCUGGACAAGCUGAGUGUUUAUAGCACCAAUGACUGUGAACACAGUAUGCUGAAUAUAAUCUACAGGUUGGACUUCAAUGGGUUCUACACUGAGCGCCUGGAGCAUAUGUCUGCAGAAAGGAGUCAGAAAGCAGCUCCUCCAGCUCUUCUGCUUCCUAAGGCUGUUGUGCCUGCCCAGUAAAUCGCUUUGCCUGUUGCAUGUUGCAGAUGCUUCACUUUUCACAUAAGCAGAGUAAAAUAAAUUUAGCAAGUUUAAUAUCUUUUAACUAACAAUUUAAUCUCCAUGCAUGCUAUAAAACAGUAGGUAUCUAAGAGUGAAGUCAUUUCACUUUCUGACAUGUGAGUAUGUAAAGGAUUUUGUCCCUUCUGAGAUAGUUUUGUUAACAUUUUUUUAAACAGAUAUUAAAACUGUGUGUGCAUGUGUACAUUUGUUGCAUGUGAUAUAAAGAAAUAAAGGUCAGAAUUAUUUGGUCUCUAUUACCAGAA